AGAAAUAACACACACACACACACACACACACACACACACACACACACACACACACACACACACACACACACACACACAUGAGCUUCACCCAUUCAGACGUCGACAUGGGCAGUGGUGGUGGUGGUGGUGGUAGUGGUGGUGUAGGGAGACACAUAAUACUUAAUCACUCCCCACAUGACUAUCACGCCUCCUCCAACGUCACCACCCCUACGAGCACCUCCCCCCUCCCCACCCACUGCCAAGGAGCGGCUCGGGGGGAAGGAGUGCCAAGCCACCUCUCACCAGCUCCUCCCAACAUGCACUCCGUUAUUGUGCCAAAUUCAGCAGUUCUUCAUCAACAAGGAACUUCACCUUUAUGCAACGUGGGCGUCACCAUAGCAGGCGGCGGGGAGAUACUACUAGGAGGAGCAGGAGGAGCAGGAGGAGGUGGGGGAGGAGGAGUAGAAGGGGCACCAGCAGCAGGAGGAGGAACAGGAGGAGGAAGUAGCCUGGCUUGUACUAUUUGUGGGGACCGAGCCACAGGGAAGCACUACGGGGCGCACUCCUGUGACGGCUGCAAAGGGUUCUUCCGCCGCUCCGUCAGAAAAAAUCACACAUACAACUGCAGGUUCAACAGGAGCUGCACAGUGGACAGAGACAAGAGGAAUCAAUGCCGAUAUUGUAGACUCCGGAAGUGUAUCCGAUCUGGAAUGAAGAAGGAAGCCGUGCAAAAUGAGAGGGACAGGAUCAGUACUAGACGGCCCUGCUAUGACGAGACAAACACCGCUGGAGGCAUCACACUGGCCAUCAUCCUGAGCGCCGAGCACCUCUCCAGACAGGUCUCUCCAGCCGUGGAGGAGGUGAACGUGAUGAGCAAGAAGGUGGCAGGAGUAAUGGACGUGUGUGACAGCAUGAAGCAGCAGCUCCUUAUCCUGGUCGAAUGGGCCAAGUAUAUCCCUGCCUUCUGUGAUCUCCCUCUUGAUGACCAGGUCGCCCUUUUGCGUGCCCACGCCGGGGAGCACCUGCUGCUGGGGGCCGCAUGGCGCUCCAUGCGGCUACAGGACAUGAUUCUGUUGGGAAACGACUGCGUCAUCCUUAGGAACUCCUCAGAGAUGGAGAUCAGUCGCAUCGGUCAGCGCAUCUUGGAUGAGCUAAUCAAGCCUCUUCGAGCAGUCCAGCUUGAUGAACACGAAUAUGCCUGUAUCAAAGCCAUCGUUUUUUUCGACCCAGUCAUCCGGGGGCUACGCAACGUGGAGCGCGUCAAGAUGCUUCGGUAUCAGGUUCAGUUGUUGCUCGAGGACUACAUCAAUGACCGUCAGUAUGAGUCGCGUGGCCGCUUCGGGGAGAUUCUUCUAACCCUUCCAGCGCUGCAGUCCAUCACGUGGCAGAUGAUUGAGCAGAUACAGUUUGCUAAGCUCUUUGGCGUGGCGAGGAUUGAUAACCUUUUGCAAGAGAUGUUGCUCGGAGGUGGACAAGCUCAAAGUAUCACCACAGUGGGUUCCGGCGAGUUCCACAUUGAACAACCCGGAGCGACUGGUGAGGGAGUGAAUGGCGUGUCCGGGUCGUCUGGGGGCGGUUACGGCGGCGGGGAUGGCGGGAUAGGAAUAGGUGUUCCCGCCCCUCCUCCUGGUGGCGUAGGGCUUCCUAUCCCUUUAGGAGCAGCCACGGCGGCAGGGGGAGGCCUCGCAAUGGGUUUAAACGCCACUGGAGACACCACACAUGUCUCUACAAGUUCCCCAGCUCCUGCCCACGAGCAACAGUCCUCCCAACCCUGCGUGCCCUCCUCCUCCUCCUCCUCCUCCUCAUGUGCAUCUGGGGAGAUGAGCAACGGUCAUCUUGGAGUAAUAACUAGGGAGGCUAUCAAAGCGCUGCUGUCGGCGACGCAGACGAAGGCGGAUCUUAUUAGCGACUUCUCCGUGGACUGCGGUAACUUGCUAAGAUCCUUCUCUUCCGUUUGCCUCACCUACAAACAACCCCUCAGCGAAAGACAUAAACGAGGGACAGAGGCAAAGGGCGUGACUUCCUUUGACGAUACUAACAAUGACUUCCAUCCCCGGCCGCUUCACGCUCUCCUAGUGGAACAAAACGAAGACCCAAUGCUACCCCCCAAAAAUGCCUUCCAACUCAUCAAGACUCAGUGGAUAGGAAGAAGGAUUCGCAGAUCCCACCGGAACGUGAAUGGUUAUGACGAAUGUUGCCCGCAGUCCACCAAGAACUGUACCGUGUAUGAGGUGGCCGAGUACUGCGACAGCCUUAGACCCCCGUACAGGGAACUCCUAGCUUCCCGAAAUAGGCAGUAAGAGGAAGAGGAAGAGGAGGAGGAAGAGGAGGAUGAGGACAACGCGUCUACUGCUACUCUAAAUAAUUCCAAAGGCUCAGUUCGAAUCGCAGCCUUCCAAUCUCCCUUGCAUUUUCUUCCAGUAAAGUAGUAAUGUAAUACGCUUACAAAAUUAUGAAUAUAUCAUUACAAUUUUUUUUUUUUCGGUGGGAGUCAAAAAAGCUAAAAAUAAGUGCACCUUAAAAUUUCCAUUCUUUUCUCUCCUCUAGAAUAUAUUACUAAAGGAUUUGCGUUUUCAAAAUUCUUAUAUUGAACCUAAGCUUGCUUCAUCUUUGCCUAGCACCAAAGAUAGAUAAAAAUAAAAAAGUUGUCGCUUCAAAACCUGGCAAAAAAGUUAUUAAAGUUCUCGCUAACAAAUUAUAGCUUCAGAAGUAUCAUUUUGUAUUUCAUCCAUGUUUCUCCCUAAUCACGAAGAAAAAAAAAAUAUCAGUAACUGAAUCUCAUUCUAAAAAAUCAAUAAUUCUACAAACUUAAUUAGUUUACCCAUUGCAUUUUCUCUUCCCUAAAAAAAAAAAAAAAAAAAAAAAAAUUCGAUGCCAACAAAACAAUAACUUUUCAAUCUUACAAGUUUCACUCGUACAUCAUAAGAAAGUAUUUGAUAUAAUUAACAAAUUCAGAACCAUAGAAUUUACCCUAUCGUUUAAAAAUGAAAAUGACUGAAAUCUCAUGAUGGUAUAUUAUGAACAGGUUCUUACAAGUUUCAUUUCUUCUCCAGUUCAGUGCUCAUCUAUCAGAACUUUCACUCACUGGUACCAAUAAAAGUGUGUAAGUCAUCAUAAAUAUUUACACAGAAAAAAAGCUACAAAACCCAAAUUUCUCAAGCCUCCAUGUAGGUUUCGACUCUGCCUGCUGUUCUGCUUCCCGAUAAACAGGCUGGAGUAGGUAAAAUGUGUCUAAUUCCCCGAUCCCUAAUGUUCUCCUCUGAUUGGUGAAAUGAUGAAGUAUAAUGGAAAUAAAGUUUCAAAGAAAUGUAAUGUUUCGUGGCGUCAUCCUCGUGAAUAAACUUUUUUCUUAA